UUUAAUCUGGGUUGACCAUUGACAAUUGACAACUGACAUGUGAUAUAAGACAUUUUAACAUCACACAUGUUUUAGAAUGUUGUUUAUUUCUUGAGGUUAUUUUCUCAUUUUAUUACUCUUAAAUAUAAAUAAGUGUAAUUAUUUGCUUCAACACAAUAAUCUUUUAAAGCUAAUAUGGGGAAAGCAAAGAAGGCACGGAAAAUAGCGGAGAGGAAAUUUGCUAAAAUGAAGAAAAUGAUAAAUCUAAAUGAUCCAAGGAUAAAACCAGUUGAUAGGGUACAGCUUAGAAAAAAGAACAAAAUCGAUCCUCACGAGAUGAAGAUUCGGGAAGCACCACAAGCCAGCUCUGCUUUAUUCUUUCAAUAUAACAUGCAACUGGGGCCGCCAUAUCAUAUCUUAGUCGACACAAAUUUCAUUAACUUUUCAAUCAAAAAUAAAUUAGAUAUUGUGCAAAAUAUGAUGGACUGUCUGUAUGCCAAAUGUGUACCGUACAUUACUGACUGCGUUUUGGCUGAAUUAGAAAAAUUAGGGCGAAAAUAUAGGGUGGCUUUGAGAAUCGUUAAGGAUCCGAGGUUUGAAAGGAUUACAUGCCUUCACAAAGGAACUUAUGCUGAUGAUUGUUUAGUACAGAGAGUUACGCAACAUAAAUGUUAUAUUGUGGCUACUAAUGAUAAAGAUUUAAAAAGAAGGAUACGAAAGAUUCCAGGUGUACCAAUAAUGUAUGUUGCUCAACAUAAAUAUACUAUUGAGAGAAUGCCUGAUGCAUAUGGUGCUCCAAAAGGAGCUAUUUAGUUGUAAUUAAAAUUUAUUUUUAAGCCUA